AGGCUGCGUAACAUUAAUUUUAUGUAACCGAACGGCGAACAUUACCCCAUCAUUCCUUCCGCAUAGACGUUAUAACUAAUUGAUUGACGCAAUUACUAGUUACUAGUGUUACUACGUCAGCUCGAGGAUAAUUCAAAUAGUUGUGAGUCGAGCAUUGAAUCAUUGUACUUCACUCCAACCGUUUGGUUAGACGUUCAUUCCGGUUUCUCGCGCAUCGAAUAUCAAACUAACUUUAUAGUAUAAUAUCUCUAUAAAGUAAUUUUUAAUAAAAAAUUACUCGUGUUACGACUAUUAUCUAAAUACGUUAGCCGUAUUGUUUUUAUCGUUCAAACACAAUGGCGAAAAUCAGUGCCGGACCCGUCGUUGACAUUUUGGGCGAUGAGAUGACCCGCAUCAUCUGGGAUUUGAUCAAGGAAAAACUCAUCUUACCAUUUUUGGACAUCGAACUCCAUGUUUAUGACUUAGGCAUGGAAAACCGAGACUUAACUAACGACCAAGUGACAUUAGACUGUGCCGAAGCUGUUAAGAAAUAUAAUGUCGGAAUUAAAUGCGCUACAAUUACACCUGACGAAAAACGAGUUGAAGAAUUCAAGCUGAAGAAAAUGUGGAAGAGCCCCAACGGCACAAUUAGAAACGUUCUUGGUGGUACGGUGUUCAGGGAAGCCAUUAUAUGCAAGAAUAUUCCUAGGCUGGUUACUGGAUGGGAAAAGCCAAUUAUAAUCGGAAGACACGCUCAUGCUGAUCAAUAUAAGGCUACAGAUUUCGUUGUUCCUGGAGCUGGCAAACUUACAUUGACAUGGACCUCUAAUGAUGGUAAAGAUAAAAUUGAAGAAGUCGUCAAUGAUUUCAAAGGUGCAGGAGUAGCAUUAGGAAUGUUUAACACAGAUGCAUCUAUUGUUGAUUUUGCACAUUCUUCAUUCAAGUUUGCUUUAGCUAGGGAACUUCCAUUAUAUUUAAGUACUAAAAACACCAUCUUAAAAAAAUAUGAUGGUCGUUUCAAAGACAUUUUCCAAGAAAUUUAUGAUACCCAAUACAAACCAUUGUAUGAAGCCAAAGGUAUUUGGUAUGAACAUAGAUUAAUUGACGACAUGGUGGCCUAUGCUAUGAAAUCUGAAGGAGGAUUUGUGUGGGCAUGUAAAAAUUAUGACGGUGAUGUUCAGUCUGAUUCUAUUGCCCAGGGUUAUGGAUCAUUGGGCUUAAUGACAUCUGUGUUGAUUUGUCCUGAUGGUAAGACUGUUGAAUCAGAAGCUGCUCAUGGCACUGUCACAAGACAUUAUCGUAUGCAUCAACAAGGUAAAGAAACAUCUACUAAUCCAAUUGCAUCUAUCUUUGCAUGGACUAGAGGAUUGUUGCAUAGAGCAAAAUUGGAUAACAAUAAAAAAUUGGAAGAUUUUGCCAACAAAUUGGAAGAAGUUUGCGUUGAAACUAUAGAAGCAGGAUUCAUGACUAAAGAUUUGGCUAUAUGCAUUAAAGGAAUGAACGGUGUUCAAAGAUCUGAUUAUUUGAAUACAUUUGAAUUUUUAGACAAAUUGGCUGAAAAUUUGAAACUUAAAUUAAAUCUCACAUGCAAAUAA